ACUGCACACUGUUCCCUCUCUUAGAACUAGCAUGUUGGGUGUUAUGUAGUCAAAGGAGGGCAUUAUGAGCUGUACCCCAGGGACUUCCUGAUCCUCUUACAUGUAUAAAUAGCAAGACCGGGCCAGGAACAGCAAGCAGUCUGAAGGCCAGCUGGGUCUGCCCACUAAGAAGAUGAAGCCUUUUCAUACUGCCCUCUCCUUCCUCAUUCUUACAACUGCUCUUGGAAUCUGGGCCCAGAUCACACAUGCAACAGAGACAAAAGAAGUCCAGAGCAGUCUGAAGGCACAGCAAGGGCUUGAAAUUGAAAUGUUUCACAUGGGCUUUCAAGACUCUUCAGAUUGCUGCCUGUCCUAUAACUCACGGAUUCAGUGUUCAAGAUUUAUAGGUUAUUUUCCCACCAGUGGUGGGUGUACCAGGCCGGGCAUCAUCUUUAUCAGCAAGAGGGGGUUCCAGGUCUGUGCCAACCCCAGUGAUCGGAGAGUUCAGAGAUGCAUUGAAAGAUUGGAGCAAAACUCACAACCACGGACCUACAAACAAUAACAUUUGCUUGAAGAGAAGGGUGUGAACUGCCAGCUACUUUCUUUGGUCUUCCCCAGUGACCACCUAAGUGGCUCUAAGUGUUUAUUUUUAUAGGUAUAUAAACAUUUUUUUUUUCUGUUCCACUUUAAAGUGGCAUAUCUGGCUUUGUCACAGAGGGGAAACUUGUCUGUGCCAACCCCAGUCAUCUGAAAACUCAGAUGCCUGGAAGGUCUGAAGCUGACCUCAAUGACUACACAUAAUAUUUGAUUGAGAUAAAUGGGCAAGGUCUGGAGAGAUGGCUUGGUGGUUAAGAGCACCUGCUGCUCUUCCAGAGGACCUGGGUUCAAUUCCCACUUAGAUGGCAGCUCAAACUAUCUAUAAUUCCAAUUCCAAAGAAAACUGAUGCCCUAUUUUGCCCUUUAGUUAGUAGUAUUUACAGUAUUCUUUAUAAAUUCACCUUGACAUGACCAUCUUGAGCUACAGCCAUCCUAACUGCCUCAGAAUCACUCAAGUUCUUCCACUCGGUUUCCCAGCGGAUUUUAAGUGGAUAAACUGUGAGAGUGGUCUGUGGGACUUUGGAAUGUGUCUGGUUCUGAUAGUCACUUAUGGCAACCCAGGUACAUUCAACUAGGAUGAAAUAAAUUCUGCCUUAGCCCAGUAGUAUGUCUGUGUUUGUAAGGACCCAGCUGAUUUUCCCACCACCCCUCCAUCAGUAAGCCACUAAUAAAGUGCAUCUAUGCAGCCACAGGUCUGUCUGCCUCUUUUGCUUCAGUUUCCUAGGACUAUGGGCUGAAAUUGGGCUGUUAGGGAGAAAGCAUCUCACUCGCUUUUAUUGAAUCUGCAGUGGAAAAGAAACAGAGGGAGUCAGGUAACUUUGAAUAUUUUCUUCAAAACAAAAGAUAUCAUGGUACAAUUUUUUUUUAAUUUUUUGUUUGUUUGUUUUUGUUUUUCGAGACAGGGUUUCUCUGUGUAGCCCUGGCUGUCCUGGAACUCACUCUGUAGACCAGGUUGGCCUCCAACUCAGAAAUCCGCCUGCCUCUGCCUCCCGAGUGCUGGGAUUAAAGGCGUGCGCCACCACCACCCGGCCCAUGGUACAAUUUUUAAAUUUCCAGAAAUAUAGUUUAUUCCAAUGUAGACUUCAUAUCAAGGAUGUAUUUUACCCACUAUAGAGAGAAUCAUUAAAGUGAUCUACAAAUCUUUGGAAGUUCUCCCUGUUCGAUAAGAUCCUCAAUUCUAUUCGAGGAUCUCAACUUGGUCAGCUUGUUUUUAUACCAGUCUCAUGCUGUUUUUUUACUGUGGCUCUGUAUGAUAAUCCCUUCAGCAGUGUCUCUAUUGUUCAGGGGUGUUUGGGUUACCUAAGAUCUUUUGUGUUUCCAUAUGAAUUUUAAGAUUGUUAUUUUCAAAAUCUGUGAAGAAUUGCAUUGGAAUUUUGAUGGGAAUUGCAAUGAAUCUAUAAAUUUUUUUUGAUAAGCUGACCAUUGUCAAAAUAUUAAACUAGACCAUGAGCAUAGGUGGUCUUUCCAUCUUCUGGGUCUUCUUUGAUUGUUUUAGAGUUUUCAUUGUAUAGGCCUUUUGCUUUAUUCAUUAGGUUUAUUCCAAGAUAUUAUUUUGCAGGUAUUGAGAGUGGGAUUUUCCUCCCAAUUUCUUCCUCAGUAUGUUUGUCAUUUGCUUAUAGGAAGACUAUUGGUUUUUUUGUAUGUGCAGAUCGUGUCCUGACACUUGGCUGAAAGUGUUUAUCAGCUCUACGAGUUUUCUAGUGUAGCAUUUAGGGCCUUUUAUAGAGAGAGAAAGAAUGAUAUCAUCUGCCAAUGAAUAUUGCUUGACUUCUUCCUUUCCUGUUUGAAUCCAUCUUGUCUCCUUCUCUUGCCUUACUGCUGUAGCAAAAACUUCAAGUACUCAGCUGAAAAGAAGUACUGAGAGAAAGUAUCCAUGUCCCUUUCCUGAUUUUUAGCAGAAAUGCUUCCAGUUUUUCUCCGGUUAGCAUUCCGUUGGCUACAGGCUUGUUGUAUAUUUCCUUUAUUGUAUUGAAAUACGUUCCUUGUAUUUCUGUUGUCUUCAGGGCUUUAAUAAUGAAGAGCUGUUGGUUUUCACCACAGGCAUUUUCUGAAUCUACUUUCUGCUUUCUUGAAUUGAGUCCAUUUAUACAGUGGAUCUCAUUUACUGAUUUAUGUAUGUUGAACAUCCCUGCAAGUCUGGAAUGAAGCUCUUUAUGAUUUCAGAAAACAGAUUUUUCUUAGUCCUCAUUUGUAACCUCUCCCCCUAGCCUGAAACCUGGCUGCUCAGGUUUCACUGUUAGCAGGAAGAGAGCGUGGGGUGGACCUACCGCCCUAUCGUUCUGCCACUCCCACUGCGGCUGCCUGCCACCUAGCUGUUCCUGAGCCAACACGUGGUCACCUGCAACUGGACUCCUAGGAUGAUUUGGCGGGAAUGGGCCCCUCCCCCUUUUUAUAACCCAGUGUCUGGAAUAGUAAAAUUGAACCUUGGUCAG